GUGAAAUAAACAUUAUGAAAAAUUGAAAUCACACACGUGGUGCCUUCUUUGAAUGGUUUGUGGAGUGAGAGCCAACCGCCAUGCCUAAAGCUAAGAAUGUAAGGCUGAAUAUCUCCUAUCCCGUCACUGGGUGUCAGAAGCUCAUCGAGAUUGAUGAUACUGCCAAAGUUCGUCCAUUCUUUGAGAAGAGGAUGGCACAGGAGGUCGAGGGAGAUUGCCUAGGAGACGAAUGGAAGGGUUAUGUGUUUCGUAUAACCGGAGGUAACGACCGGGACGGGUUCCCAAUGAAGCAAGGAGUCCUCACUAAUACUCGUGUGAAGCUCCUCCUCUCUAAAGGUCACUCGAACUUUCGUGCGAGACGUAAAGGUCACCGGAAGAGGAAGUCUGUCCACGGGUGUAUAGUGGACGAUAGCUUAAGUGUGAUCUGUUUAGCUAUUGUCAAGAAAGGAGAGGGAGAAAUACCAGGUUUAACUGAUAACACUAUCCCUCGUCGUCUUGGUCCGAAGAGAGUUGGUAAGAUCCGCAAAUUGUACAACCUUAGCAAGGAAGAUGAUGUCCGUCAGUACAUCAUCAGGCGUCCAUUACCUCAGAAGGAAGGAAAGAAACAGCAGUACAAGGCUCCUAAGAUCCAGCGAUUGAUUACUCCAUUGAAACUCCAGAGGAAGAGACACAGAGCAUCACUGAGGAGGAGGUGGGGGGAGAAGAGCAAGAGAGAGGCUGCUGAUUACAAGAGGUUGUUGGCCCAGAGGGUCAAGGAACAGAGGGAGAGGCAGCAGAUGGCUAAGAGAAGACUCAGCUCUAAGAGGUCAUCAACAUCCAGUACUUGAGACUAAUGGUGCCGGGAAGAAACUGGCAAUGAGAAAUUAUUUGAUUUGUUUAAAAUUAUUAAUAAUAAUAAUAACGAGCCUCCUAAUAA